CAGAAAUGCAACGAGUUUUCCCGGAAAAAUUCUGCUGUGUAACGAGUUCCCUGGAGAAUACUGCAGUAUAGUGACCUCUGAAGGAUUCUCUCCAUGGGACUGAGGGAAAUCAGAUUCCGAGGGAAGGAUGUGCUCAGUGUUUUGCCAGCCUCAUCAGAGAGAGCGUGCGGCUGCCAGAAGCUCCGGAGGGCAACUGCGUGUGAAGAACAACUAUAAAAACUUCCCCGUUCGUCAUCUCGUCUGCUUCAAGAGCAGACAUGGAGUUUGGUUGGGUAUCAGUGCUACGGAAGUUGACUGUGCUGGCUGUCGCCGCUCGCUGGGCGCAGGCGCUGCCCAAGCCAGGAAGCUACUAUACAGACGAGGCCGCGCACCGCUUAGUGCACUUCGACCUUCACAGUGGCGACUGUCUACUUUUUGGUGACAGCCGCAUAGUAGACGAGAUCCUGCGUGAGCUGGCAGCGAGUGGCAGUCCUGUAGCAGUGGUGGAGGCCAGGGAGCUCACCGCCCUCAUCUCCGAGUGCUACAAGACCGACCCUCAGCACAAGCGUGCCAGUCCCGCAAAGGAUUUCCCGCAUAUACUCUAUCCGGGCACGAAAUGGUGCGGCACUGGAAAUGCCGCUGAGAACCCCAGUGACUUGGGCCCGCUGAAGAACCUGGACGCCUGCUGCCGGGACCACGACUUGUGUCCCGACGACCUCGAGCCCGGACAGUCCCGCCAUAACAUCACCAACGACACGCCCUUCACCAUGAGUCACUGUGACUGCAACGAAGCUUUCCGGGCGUGCCUGAAGGCUGAGGGCAGCGGCGCAGCGAAGGAAGUUGGAAUCGCAUUUUUCUCCACAGGCUUAUUCCAGUGCUACCGACUCGCACCUCCCACACACGCAUGCACCAAGUGGGCGGGGAUGCUGACUCAGGCAUGUCAGGAGUACAAGUUUGGCACCUCAGGCGAACUUCGCUGGCAAGUCUUUGACAUGGCCGCCUUUGAAUAGAUUCCUGCCCACACCACGCUCAUCUGCAGCCAGCAUUGCCAAGGCAAUGAAGACCUGCCCAAUGUACAUCGAAGUUUUUGGGGAGGCGUGUUCGAUUUUAACUGUGCAUACUUCAGGCAGAUUUGGUCAGAGAAUUCUAUUUAAUUUUUAAAAUCUUAGAAUUUUUAUUUGGUUGUUCAAGUCUCUAUUUUCAUAUUUAUCUACCUGCGGUCUGCCCUGUCUGCAUUCUCAACGCUUUUCAAUCUUGCAUCACAAUUCAGACAUGCGUUCACUUCUACAUCCAAAUCAUCUAAGUAUUUUCUAAUGUUCCGUAAUUACUAUUGUUUUCUAUAUUACUAUGUACUAUGUAAAGUAGUAUAUAAACUUGUAUUAAGCAAAAUCUACCUCACGACCUAUCUCAUAGUUUCAUCAAUAACCGAGAUUUCAUAGCAUAGUUUUCACGGCAUAUAUGUAAAAUAAUAUUCUUACUCGAAUCUGUAGUCUGCGGAUUUAAAUUAAACGAAGACUAUUUUACGGCCAGUGUUUAAAUAAUAACGUUUCCAUUAUCCGAAAUGAAUAAGAUAAUAGCAGUGCCGUGCGAUUGGCGAACAACAUUACUUUUUCUGUUCGAAAUCCUUGAACACUCAGAGCGACCAACCGCCCCAAUCACUAAUGCGUGGACACUGCAUGCCGGAGGUUCAUCGGCCUCAGUCACCUGCAAAGCGCGAAUGGCGCACGAGCGUCUUGCUAUGCACGCCAUAUCUGCAGUUUUCCGAGGAUCACCUUAUGAUAUUCCACCAAAAUAUUCUCAAAGAGAGAAGGUCAUGGCAUCCAUUCAUUUAAGAUGAUGAAUAAAAAGAUCACCAUUCUUAUCUAACGAAGUAAGCACAUUUUUAUUUCGUGACAUAUUUCUAAGUUACGUGAGAUUCAAAACUAAUACAAUUUCCCCAAGAAUUCUGACACAUUUCCGUUGUAUCGUGAUUAAUUUCUACCACACAAUGACUUAACGUCUAAAAAUUCAAAUAGAUCUUUUUGAAAAAGCUGGUGAGCUGCACUGUUUACUAUGGCAAUGUACGUACGUGUUUCACAUCAGGCAGUCUACACAGGCAAAACUUGAGGUACAGUCACUUUUUUGCCAGUUGCUCCCUCAAAGUUCCCGGCUACUUCUAAAAAUAUCAACAGCAGCAGCGCCAAGGGAUUAGUCUGUAAUUAUGAGUGGCCAGACCACUCCCAGGUUGCAGGAAUUUUUAGUGCGAUUGGUUGACCGUCGGCGGAUCAACGAGUACGUUGAUACUCGAGUGUAUAUAUCGUUCCUAUCACUUCGCUGCAGUUUUAUGUAACAUACGAGUAAGUGCUAUGUUCGUUCAAACGCUACUGGCCGAGUAAACACUUGAAAUAUUGACUCUUUAUUGUGAUGUUCAAUUCGAAUUAUAUUGCAAUUAUCCUCGCUUUAUUUUACCUGUUGGGCAGAGCCCUUCUUCGCGAAAAGUUUUAUUAAAAGUAUGCCGUUCAUAGUGGAAACUCACUUCGAAUUCAAUUCCUCCGGGAAUAAUUUUUUUGUUAAAUAUUAGAUUUAGCGUGCUUUAAAUUUCUCCUGAGCGAAGACGAUAAAAUUAGACAAACGGAGAAACUGAAUUUGAAGGAAGUUCUCUAGAUGUACUACAUUAAUAUUAAAUGUUGUUCAUUAGAACUGUGAAUUGCAAUGUAACUUUAUUCUAACGAAAGGCGGAAAGGUGCAUUGACUAUUUUCAAGAUAAUGGUUGCAUUUUAUAGCGACUUCAUGGUCAAUGAUAUUCAUGUACAGCAAUCAGUUCAUCUCUAUGAUUGUAGUAAUAGCCAGUCAUUAGAUUAGUCAAAGCCGUUAUAAAAAACUAUCCGACAAAGUAUUUACUUGCCGGGUCCGGCCUGUCGUGUUCGCGCGAGGCUACGUCCACAUGUCAUAUUGUAAUCAUCUCUCCGUUGAUGUAAACAUUUGUCUGGCUUUGUUUAUCUCAAUGCUGAUAAACCAGUUAAACUUUCCAUGCAGUAUAUCAAUGGAAUCAAUCAUUUGAAUUUCGGAUGUUAACUUCAAUCAAUCAUAAUCAAAAUUUUAAACAUCAUAAGGAUUAUCCUAUGAAUAUUUAUUAAUAAAUUAUGUCUACCACAAUCCCAUGUGAACCGAAAGUUCCUCGGUCUAGUCGUAAAUGAUACGCUCGUUGAUCUCCCGAUAGUAGCUUCAUGUAAAUACAUGGCUAAUUUUGA